AUGCGGCUUCUGGCAUAUCUGCAAAGUCUAGCCUGGUGCAUUUUCCUAGUCCAUGGCAAUGUAGAGAAGACUAUCUUCCUUGCACCAGAAGCUAUUCAAAUCUAUCAACAGCAUCCGAAUCUUGAAGACCUUAAGCUCGAAGUGUUAUCUUCCUCAAACCCAACACUACGCCGCCAGCUAUCAGCAGCAUUUCCAAAGCCUGCCAGUCCAAAAGGCAUUGCAGCAUGGUUUCUACUUGACAAACUGACGCAGCACCAGCGCUACGAAGUUCGCAUCUGCUGGGCGGCAACACAACCAACUUCCUUCACACUCACCACUUACCUAUUACAAGAAGUUUUCGAUACGCCAGAGCUAAUCACUUCUCUCGCUGAUUACUCUGACUCACGUCAGACUAUUCUUGCACCAGAUCAGAGUCCUGAUUAUCACCGAGUGGAUAGCAAUCCAGAAUCUCUUCUUCUCCUUCAAGUGUUUGCUGCUGCAGAUUACUUCACCACCAAUAAGACGCUUAUGCAAGAUGUUCCGCCUGUGAAUGUUGAAAUCAUCCUGGACCCGUUCCUACUCAACGUGCUUCCAAGAUCUUUGCUACCAACCGGCAUCUACCUGAUCGUCCUAGCAGUGUUUGCCUGGCAUCUCUCGGAAUACAUCUGGCAAGGUCUCUCUCAGAUCUCCCGAACUUCCCAAAAGCAAUAUGCCCCACUCGACGGUUCCGAGGCAGGACAACGGAGCAAGAAAGUCAAUUGA